AUGCCUACAUUCCAAUCUAAAACCUUUCGCCGAGCGACCACCGCCUCAUCCUCGCUCGGAGAACGGCUUGGCGCUCUGUACCGGGCUCGACUAUCUCGACACCCUUUUCUUCUUUUCGGCCUUCCCUUUAUUGCCGUCAUUGUGGCCGGCUCAUUUGCUUUGACACCUGCUGCGGCUCUGCGAUACGAAAGAUAUGACCGAAAAGUCCAACAAGUCAGCAAGGAGGAGGCUUUCGAUCUUGGCCUUAAGGGACCCGAUGGAGAGGAGGGCAUUAAGCGGAAUCCACGGCGCAGAAUCAUUGGUGAUGAGCGGGAAGAGUACUAUAGAUUGAUGGCCAAAGACUUGGAUGACUGGGAACAGAAACGCGUUCAGAGAUUCAAAGGUGAACCAGAUGGGCGGAUAUAA